AUGCAAUCCGCAAGUCGACUCCACAAAGCUCUGAAGAAGGGCGGAGCAACGUUCGGAGCAUGGCAGAUGCUUCCAGGAGCAAACAUCUCCAAGACUCUGGCUAGCACUGGAGUUGAUUGGAUAUGCGUAGACACUGAACAUGGCAACAUCGACGACGCCCAAAUGCACGAAGCCGUGACUGCAGUCGCCAGUUUCGGCAUCAGCCCCGUCGUCCGCAUCUGUGCAAACGAAGCCUGGAUGGUGAAGCGAGCCCUUGACUCUGGUGCCCACGGCAUAAUCGUCCCGCUACUCUACACCCCCGACGAUGCCCGCCGCCUCGUCUCAUCCGCCAAGUUUCCUCCUCUCGGAAAUCGCGGUUUCGGCUCACCAUUUGCACCCAACACCUUCAUCACCUCAACCUCCCCUGACGGGCCUCACAAGCCCGUAGCCCUGAUGGACUACCUUCAACAAGCCAACGACUCCCUCGUCACAAUCGUACAGAUCGAGACCGCCGAAGCCUUAGCUAACGUCGACGCCAUCGCCGCAAUCGACGGCAUUGACGUACUCCUCAUCGGGCCCUUUGAUCUAGGGAAUAACAUUGGGCGGCCUAUUCUGACGCCUGAGCUGCAUCCGGAGCUUAAAGAGGCUAUUGCAAAGAUCCAUGCGGCGGCAGGGCAGCAUGGGAAGGGAACGGGAAUUUACUGCACUGGGGUUGAGCAAGCGAAGAUGUACCAGGAGAAUGGGUUUCAUAUGAUCAGUAUAUGCAAUGAUGUUGGUGCAUUGUCGGGCUUCUUCGGAAACGCGCUUCAGAUCCUGAAGCCGACGAAUGGGGGCGUGGGAGGCGGAGUUAGAUAUUGA